GUUCCCCGCUCUCGGCCGCCCUGUGCAGAUCUCAGGAAGCAGGCGAGGCAGCUGGAGAACGAGCUGGACCUGAAGCUGGUCUCCUUCAGCAAGCUCUGCACCAGCUACAGCAGCACCCGAGACGGAAGACGCGACAGCUCUGAUACAACUCCUCUCUUAAAUGGAUCAAGCCAGGACAGAAUGUUUGAGACCAUGGCUGUGGAGAUUGAACAGCUUCUGGGAAAGCUUACUGGAAUAAAUGACAAAAUGGCAGAAUACACAAAUAGCGCAGGAGUCCCAUCCCUGAACGCUGCACUGAUGCAUACGUUACAGCGUCAUAGAGACAUAUUGCAGGAUUAUACACAUGAAUUCCACAAAACCAAAGCAAACUUUUUGGCAAUACGAGAAAGGGAGAAUCUGUUGGGAUCAGUACGAAAAGAUAUCGAAUCAUAUAAAAGUGGAUCUGGCGUGAAUAACAGAAGAACAGAGCUCUUCCUGAAGGAACACGAACACCUUCGAAACUCAGAUCGACUGAUAGAGGAAACAAUAAGCAUUGCCAUGGCAACUAAAGAAAAUAUGACUUCGCAGAGAGGGAUGUUGAAGUCAAUACAGAGCAAGAUGAAUACCUUGGCUAAUCGGUUUCCAGCAGUGAACAGCCUGAUUCAAAGGAUCAACCUUCGGAAACGACGAGAUUCUCUCAUCUUGGGUAGCAUCAUUGGCAUCUGCACCAUCUUACUGCUUCUAUACGCUUUUCAUUGAUGGAUGUUCCCCCACGGACUCUACUAAACUCAUCACCACCCAUCCUUUUGCCCCCCCCAGUCAAGGAAAAGUGAGUGGGGGGGAGCGACAGACUUGACACAGCCUGCGCGUUGCGGCUGGGAGUAUCAGCAUGAUGUCUAGAGCAUAAUUACGAUGGUAGACUGCGACACUGGGUUUGGGUUGAAGCUGCAGUGUUUCUCCUUCCCUGCCAUACAUCCUCCUUUGGUUUGUCUUUUAAUUCCCUUUCUCACUACAAGGUAGGUAAAUAUGGGAUGUGUCCCAGCACUGGGAAAAGAGUUUCUGUGCUCAGCAGCGCUGGAGAGGGGGGUCUAUUUUUGGCUGGUAAGUGGGAA